CCAGUUACCAUGCACCCAUCUGUUAAAGUGCUAGCACAUAAACCUCUCAUCAGCUUCAUCGGAAAGCGUGUAUGGCCAGCUACUGCAGGUCCUUCUCACCCUCAUCCAGCUGCUCCUCCAGAAUGGCAAAAGUCCUUUUCUGAACAGGCUGUUCCUCACAGCUCACCCCGAACACUACAGGAUCAUGCUGUAUUCCUAGAAUUCUGGGACGCUCCAGCACGCUUCUCGAAACCAUCCUCCAGGUACUUGGAGCAAAUGGAGAUAGAUGCCAUAACGAGUGGGGGAGCUUCUCUGCGAUAGAAUAGAUAAAUCCGAUAGACACCAUCUACAAUUCAUACCGCAUCAUCCCAAAAAUUUAUCUAAACUAUUCU